CCAGACGCACCUUCAUCCCAGAUAAAAAAACUAUCAUGUGUGACGACGAUACCUGUGCCCUUGUUGUGGACAAUGGCUCAGGCAUGUGCAAGGCUGGCUUUGCCGGAGACGACGCUCCUCGUGCCGUCUUCCCCUCCAUCGUCGGUCGCCCCCGUCAUCAGGGUGUGAUGGUCGGUAUGGGUCAGAAGGACGCCUAUGUCGGCGAUGAGGCCCAGUGUAAAAGAGGUAUCCUGACUCUCAAGUACCCCAUCGAACACGGUAUCAUCACCAACUGGGACGAUAUGGAGAAGAUCUGGCAUCACACUUUCUACAACGAACUCCGUGUUGCUCCUGAGGAAUCUCCCGUCCUCCUCACUGAGGCUCCCCUCAACCCCAAGGCCAACCGUGAGAAGAUGACCCAGAUCAUGUUCGAGACCUUCAGCUGCCCCGCCAUGUACGUGGCCAUCCAGGCCGUGCUGUCCCUCUACGCCUCAGGUCGUACUACUGGUAUUGUUCUUGAUUCUGGUGAUGGCGUGACCCACACUGUCCCCAUCUACGAAGGUUAUGCUCUUCCUCACGCCAUCAUGCGUCUCGAUUUGGCUGGUCGUGACCUCUCGGACUACCUGAUGAAGAUUCUAACGGAACGUGGCUAUUCCUUCACCACUACAGCUGAACGUGAAAUCGUUCGCGAUAUCAAGGAAAAGCUUUCCUACGUCGCCCUUGACUUUGAAAGUGAAAUGAAUGUUGCAGCUGCAUCGUCUUCUCUUGAGAAAUCGUACGAACUUCCCGACGGUCAGGUCAUCACCAUCGGCAACGAGCGCUUCCGUACCCCCGAAGCUCUGUUCCAGCCUUCCUUCCUCGGUAUGGAAUCUUCUGGUAUCCAUGAAACUGUCUACACAUCUAUCAUGAAGUGCGACGUCGACAUCAGGAAGGACCUGUACGCUAACAUCGUCAUGUCUGGAGGCACCACCAUGUACCCAGGUAUAUCUGACCGCAUGCAGAAGGAAAUCACAACUCUGGCUCCUUCCACCAUCAAGAUCAAGAUCAUUGCUCCUCCCGAGCGCAAAUACUCCGUGUGGAUCGGCGGUUCCAUCCUCUCCUCACUAUCCACUUUCCAAGCCAUGUGGAUUUCCAAAGAGGAAUACGAUGAAUCUGGUCCCGGCAUCGUACACAGAAAAUGCUUCUAAACAACAUUUGUGUAGAUAGUUAUUGAUCUCAUAUUCAUAGUCAUGUCUUGCGGUGCAAAUCUUAUAUUUUUAUGGCUUGUGAUUUUUAAGACUUUAUAAUAUAUUUAUAUACAUUUGAAUAAUUUACAAUAAAAAAAUAAAAUAAA